AUGGCGGCCUUCACCCAACCUACUCCACCGAUUGACUUUAGACGAGAUAUAGAAGCUUUCAAUCUUUACCACGAAAAAUGCACUACCAAACCUAUCAAAGAGACCGUUGCGCACCUCCUCUACGCUCUGGAAAAUACAGAACCCAUCGUAGACCGCACCAGUACUGUUUACACAACAUUCCGUAAUGCGAUGGUGGUCUGGAAGACAAGGAUCGAUAAAAAGCACGACGCCGACGCGAAUCGAUGGUACUUUCACAGGAUAAGGAGACAGUUCAGGGCAGUAGAACACGUGCUCUACGGUACUACCAGCGACUUGGAUAGUGACGGUGGAGGCGAUACGAACGACGAGAAUUCCGAAGAUGAGGACCAAGACGAUGAGAGCCCUGAAGAUGCCGGAUCUGAAGUGGACUCAGAAAAAGACGAUUCUGAUGUAGCCCAGUCUGCAAGUUCGACUGACACCCACACAGACAUUUCAACGCGCAUCGACGAAGCGAGGGAUAACACUGUGGCUGAGAAAGCCCCAGACAUGCCUUCACCCAAGACCAAAACGAAGCCGUCUGCACGAACCACGCGUUUCAGCCAACGGCUCAAAGAUCUCGACGCUCUCAGAGCACGAGAAGAAGAGAACAUGCAUCACAGCGCAAGGCGAGGGAAAGGCAAAGAGUUCAAAGGAAGACCUGUAGACCCAGAGAAAGCGCAUCUAGACAUCGGUGAAAGAGAGCUAGCUGGUCAUGACGACGUCAUCGUAAUCACCGAGCGGGAGAGUAAUGUACGAGUCGGGACCGAGCAGAAUACGGAAGAAGAUGAAAGUGACGUGUGA